CAAAUUCGUGUUCUAAAACUGUCCCCUGGGAAGCCAUGGAGCUCAAUCGAAUGCAGUCUUCAUGCAAUAGAAAUGGAUUCAGCUUUACAGCCACGCAUGCCGUACACUGCUCUAUCGUACACUUGGGGUCUAGAGACACCUACAGCCCCGAUACUUUGCAAUGGGAGUAUACUAGAAGUAACGCUAAACUUGCACGAAGCGCUCCUUUAUCUGCGGUAUAUGGGCGUGGAAACCAUCUGGAUUGAUGCGAUAUGCAUAAACCAGAGUUCAAACAUAGAAAAAGAAGAACAGGUCAAGCGAAUGACGCAAAUCUACAAGCAAGCAAACUCUCUUGUAGUUUGGAUAGGAGGUCCAACAGGGGCAAGCAAGAAUGGAAUGCUCCUUUUGGACUAUCUGCGGCUGCGUUGGCCUUACCUUGACUACAUGGGCACCGAGUCUAUCGCUCUAGAAGUCUUAUCGAGAAUACCACAAGGCCACGCCGACUAUGUGGGAGACAUACUCUUCCGGCCAUGGUUUCGACGAGCAUGGAUAAUUCAAGAGCUUAUCUGCUGCAAAACUCGGGCAUCCGUCCUUUGUGGC